GAGCGUGAGGGGUGGAACAGUUCGUGCUGAAGGCCUGUUUCCUAGGCUACAAACGAGGGACUGGUUCCUUAUUCGUGCCUAGGGGAAAGUCCCCGGACCCUUGGCAGAGAGUGCCGCGUGCGCGUGCACGUUGACUUUCCCUGCUUCGCACAGUAAUGUCCGCCAAGAAGCGCUCCCGUCUGCGGCGGGGGAGCUGAGCGGCGUGUUGGCGGGGCGUCGUCCGUCAGCAUUUCUAGUUACGCAGGCAGUGCGCCUGUGCGCACCAACCACACGGGGCUCAUUCUCAGCGCGGCUUACUUUUAGAGAUGUGAGUAAGCCUUCCUCUUAGGAGGGCUUGUGCCGGGCUCCUGUUGCUCGUUCAGACAGGGAACUGCUUUCCACGUCCCUUAGCACACCUCCUGGCUCUAGCAGGCACUCAACGAAUCCUUGCUGAAUGAAAUACAACCCAACAGGAAUCCCCACCGUGACCCAGGCCUGGGGACUGUGGGCCCUCCUAGGGGCUGCGAUGCUGCUGCUUCUCAUCUCAGUGGCUGCGCACUUGUUCCGAUGGGCUAGUGGCCGGAGCAAGAGCCGUCCGGGACAGGGACGCUCUGGAGAAUCUGUGGAAGAGGUCCCCCUAUAUGGGAACCUGCCUUAUCUUCAGACUGGUCGGCUGGCUCGAGAACCAGGGCCAGACCAGCAAGAUCCAACUCCUAGAGGCCCCGUCACGGCUGCAGAGAAAGUGAUGUGCUAUACCAGCCUGCAGUUGCAGCCUUCUCAGGGCCAUAUCCCCAGCCCCGGAACCCCCAUCAAGUACUCAGAGGUGGUGCUGGAUUCUGAACCAAAGCCCCAGGCCUCGGGCCCCGAGCCGGAGCUGUACGCCUCAGUGUGUGCCCAGACCCGCAGGACGCGGGCUUCCUUCCCAGACCAGGCCUACGCCAACAGCCAGCCUGCACCCAGCUGAGAUGGAAGGGCUGGCAGAGUGGGACAAGCAUCGCCCCAGCCUCCUCUGCUGCAGGGGUUACUGCUACCCUGCCCUGGCAUGACUGUUUCCCAACCACCCCCCAAAGACAGGUAGCCAAGGUCCAGUCGCAGGAGGUCAUGUUUCCCAAACUUCCCCUCUAAGCUGUGAGGGAGACAUCUCAGGGGAAUAAGUCGGUCCUCAGUUUCUUGGGGAUGGAGGAAACAAAGGCAGUGGCCCCCUCUCCAUCUCUCUCUCUCUCUUUCCGAUCUUUUCCUCUAAGGCCCCAAGCUCCCAAGUUUCUCACUUCCUCCUCCUUAUGGAUUUUAGCCAGAUCCUCUCUGCUCCAGCCCCCUAAAAUUUUCCCCUUUAGUGUCCCCUCAGAUACAGGAAGUGGGCAGUGGUGGAGGGGAUAACAGCCUGAGAGGAGAAGGGUGGGCAUACUCCUUGGGAGCCCACAGUCUGGAGGGAUCCUGGAACCUAGUGACCUGAGGAACCCAAGCCUGGCUUCUUAUCUGAGAACCCUGGCUGGAGAAUACCAGUCCACAUCCUGCUCUGUUAUGUUCUCAAGUUUCAAAUAAAACUUC